AUGAUCGAUCAUCUAGUCUACAUUGAUGAUUUUGUAAUAGAUACUAGUAAUUUGUUGGGACAAGGUGCUUGUGGUAGGGUUUUUAGUGCUAGUAGAAGGAAUGAUAACAAACAAUAUUGUGCAAAGGUUAAAUUAAAUUAUAUUUUUAGAUUGUAUAAGGAAACUCUUAAAAUGUGUAAAAAGAGCUUUAAAUAUUAAAUUUUAUGAAAGAUAAAUAAAAUGAAAACAUAGUAAAUGUCUUCCAUUGUAAUUACAUUCCAGAAAAAGGAUUAUUUGUUGUAAUUAUGGAAAGGUGUGAUUCAGACUUAGAAAAAGAAAUUAAAUCUAGAAUUGCUUAAUAAAGAUGGUAUACAGAAGUAGAAGUAGUUUCAAUAAUGAAAUAAUUAUUUAAUGGAUAUAAAAUUCUUUAUUAAAGUUAAAUUAUACAUAGAGAUAUAAAACCUGCCAAUAUAUUAAUUUAUUAAGGAAAAUACAAGGUAUUUAUUAUUCAAUUUCAUUAGAUUGCUGAUUUUGGAGUUGGUAAGAUUUAUUCAGCUGAUUCGAAUUUAUUAAAUAUAACCAAAAAUGGUACUCCAGCAUUUAAAGCUCCUGAAUUAUAAUAAAACUAUGAAUUUACACAAAGUAUGAUCAUGUUUUUAAUAUUAUUUAGAUGAUCUGAAUUUCUAAUUCUAAAAUUAAACUUUAUAUGCUAAUUAAUCAUAAUCUAAAUAAUAGGUAUUAAUUAAAAUAAUAUAUUUGAAGAACCUCUCUCAAUCUUUUUUUGAUGACAAGGAAACAAAAUAAAAGUUUAUUCAUAAAGUUGAUAUUUAUUCAGUAUAUAUUCUGUUUAAAUUUUUAGUUUGGAAUUCUAUUUUAUCAUCUAUUAACUGGAUCAUAUCCAUUUUAAUUAUCAGUGGCAGGCAUAAUGGAGUUUAUAAAAAAAAUAAAAGAUAUUCCCUUUAGAAUGCCUUAAUAAUUAAAUAUAUCUUAAAAUACUUGUUAAUUAAUAGAGAGAAUGAUCACAUAUUCUCCAUCUUUAAGAAUCGACUUUCAAACUAUCAGUUCAAUGUUAGGAAUCAAAAUUGGAACAAUCUUCAACAGGGAUAAUGCUAUAGUAAAUCCAGUUAGGCCACCAUAAGUAAUUGUUCCUUCAUCAAUCAGAAUAAUUCCUUUAUCAAAACCAUUACAAGAUUUGUUAUAAUAAUAUAGGAAUAUUUUUUAUGAAAAAUGGUAAUUGACCUUAAUAAAUUUAAUAGUUGUGAAAAUGAUUAAGUAGUUAAAAUUUAUAGGAAUUAUUGUGAUUUAUGUUUAGCUGUUGCUAUAUAUUAAUUAGAAGAAAGAAUUACAUUAGACUUAAUAAAAGAUUUUAUUUUUAAGUAUUAAUAAGCAAAUAAAUGCGAUAUUGAAUUUUAAUUUGAAGUUAAAUUGGAUAAAAUAUUUUAUAUUGAUGAAUAUUGUAGAGUUUUAAAAAGUUAGUUUAUACCUAAGAUAUUCAAUUAUGAACAAAUUUAAUCUUAUGGAGAAUAACAUUUAAAAUUUAUGUUGAUUUCAUAAAAAUUAAUAAAUGGAUCUUAUGAUCACAAAGGAAUAUUAGGAAAUUAAUAAUACAUUUCAUUAAAAGACUUACUAUAAAGAGAUUUUAGUUUAUCGAAGGGAUAGUAUAAAUAAUUAUUAGAUGAUUUAUUUUGA